GCGCUCAGACAGUCAACGUGCUCCGUAAAAACCUACACUAAACUCAACUGCUAUCGGAUUUAUUUGGCGCAUCGACUUUCUCUUCCAUUGACUGAUAGGAUUGAGAUGUUACAUUUUAGGUCCUCGACAGUGCUGAAGGAGUUGUUUGAAGCCACCCUCAAGCGUCCCUUGUCCGGCUGUAGACAGAAGACCUGGUUACCACCCCGCCGUCGCUGCUUCGGCACCGCCUCCGCUGAUGUUAGAUCUCAGUCUGCUCAUCUGAAGCUGCUCCAUGCCGCUAGUGCGCACCGCCCGGCUCUGCGCGCCGCUCCCUUCGCCGCACCGUACCGCUCCUACUGCGCGAAAACUGAAGGCGCAGUUGAGCUGGACGAACAGCUGAAGAAGGAUGGAGACAGCGCUGAAACAAGCAGCGACAAGAGAAGAAAAGCAGGCAUUCUUCCCAGUCUUGAGGACUUGCUCUUCUACGCGGUCGCAGAAGGUCAAGAAACUAUUCCUGCUCAUAAAUUCCUCACGGCGCUCAAAGCCACUGGGCUUCGCACAGGAGACCCCCGACUGAAGGAGUGCAUGGACACACUCAAAGAAACUCUAAGGAACACAACAGAUGGCGUUACGCUGGACAGGCACCUCUUCAAAAAGUGUGUCCAGAGCAACAUUGUCCUGCUCACUCAAGCCUUCCGCAAGAAGUUCGUCAUCCCAGACUUCCAGUCCUUCACCUCCCAUAUUGAUGAGCUGUAUGAGAGUGCCAAAAAUCUCUCUGAAGGGCAGGUUGCAGACUACAUUCCUCAGCUCGCCAAAUUCAGCCCCGACCUGUGGGCCAUCUCUGUGUGCACGGUGGACGGACAGAGACACACAGUAGGAGACACCAAGGUGCCCUUCUGUUUGCAGUCCUGCGUCAAGCCUCUGAAGUAUGCCGUCGCUGUGAAUGACUACGGCACAGAGUACAUCCACAGUUUCAUUGGGAAGGAGCCCAGCGGCCUGCGAUUCAAUAAGUUGUUCCUGGAUGACGAUGAUAAGCCCCACAACCCCAUGGUGAACGCUGGUGCUAUUGUUUGUACAUCACUGAUAAAGCAAGGUGCAAGCAACGCUGAAAAGUUUGACUAUGUCAUGAACUUUCUGAAAGACAUGGCGGGAAAUGAGUAUGUGGGCUUCAGCAACGCCACAUUCCAGUCAGAGCGUGAGUCAGGGGACAGGAACUUCGCCAUUGGCUACUACCUGAAAGAGAAAAAGUGUUUCCCAGAGGGGACAGACAUGACAUCCAUUCUGGACUUCUACUUUCAACUGUGCUCCAUCGAGGUGACCUGCGAGAGCGCCAGCGUCAUGGCAGCCACUCUGGCAAACGGUGGUAUCUGCCCUAUUUCGGGUGAGCGCGUUCUGAGCCCAGAGGCAGUGAGGAACACCUUGAGUCUGAUGCACUCCUGCGGCAUGUACGACUUCUCAGGACAGUUUGCUUUCCAUGUCGGUCUGCCCGCCAAGUCUGGAGUAUCAGGAGGGAUCCUGCUGGUUGUACCCAACGUGAUGGGUAUUAUGUGCUGGUCACCUCCACUCGACAAGCUGGGCAACUCAGUCAGAGGGAUACAGUUCUGCACGGACCUCGUUGAGCUUUUCAACUUCCACAACUACGACAACCUGAGGCACUUUGCCAAGAAGCACGAUCCCCGCAGAGAGGGAGGGGACCAGAGGCUGCAAUCCUUUGGACCCAUGGAUUACGAGAGUCUUCAACAAGAGCUAGCUCUGAAAGCCCCUCUUUGGAAAAAGGUGUCCCCCACUGAGUCUCACCAGGACUGCUCCACCACUGUAGUCUAUAGGAUGGACAAAGUCGCCGAGUGAAAUAAAAUCAGAGGAGACCUACCUGCCCCCCCCCCACUCCUCACUCCUGACUCCUCACCCCCACCUCAACUGAUCUCUCUCCCCAGCCCUCACAACAAUACCACCACCAUCUUCCCUCACCCUCGAGUAUUUAUAUAUAAAUUAUGAAGAGGAUUAUUUAUUGCUUGUGAAGUUCGUGUGUUACUGUUCGGAUGGAUUGGGAAACUUCUUCUGUUUUUGUUUGUGAUGGAAAAUGGGAUGAGCUCAUUUUUUAUUCUAUUUUAUUUCUUUUGUUGUGAUUUCCAGAUGAACUCGUAGCCUCGUCCUGUUUGUUGCCUUAGUUCGUGCAGGAUCUGAAGUUCAGUGAACAGUGGAACUGUCUUAUCACACCCACCUUUAUUGCAGAAACCUCUUAAAAAUGUAGGCGAGGGGUUGAUUAUAAAUUUAUUCUAAGUAACAACCAAAAAGACAUGAAUGUGUUUGCAUGAGUAGAGCUUCAGUAGAGCCAGUUUUAUUGACUCACAGUCUUUACAUGCACAUUCAGACUAAUUUCUAGAGAUGAUUGCUUACUGUAGCUCACACUGAGGCCUCAGACUUCAUAAAUACAUAGGAUGGAUUUAAAGUAGCAGAAGAAGAAACUAGAAGUUCUUGGGUGGAAAGUUUUUGGGUCAAAGGAGAAUAUUGUUGACAAGUUGGCUGUAAAUGUCUGGGCAUGAGUGCAGCAGUGUUACGUGGAACAUGACCUAGUUUCUCGCUGGAAAAAAAGACCUCUGACUUCUGUAAGGGAUUUAAAUAAUGCAGGUAUUUUACUUUGAAAGUUUCAGUUGAGACCUUGAAAAGAAAAGUUUAACCACAAAGCAAAUGCUUACUACUUUUAUAUCUUGAUUGUGCAAUGUUUCUCAGCCUUCUGAGUCUAAAAUCUGAGCUGACAUCAAACAGUUAACUUCUGAUCCUGUUUAAUAGUUUUUUGUUUGAGCAGUUGAGUAUUUCUCUGCACAAUAAACAAGCAGCUGAACCUCCCCUCUGCGGGUGGAUACACUUAGACUUUAUACUUUCUCAGAGAUGUCUGAAGUAGAGACAAGGCAGACAUUUCUUCUUUGAGAUUAGUAGGAUCUUUUGAUUGGAGUCACUUUACAUGUGCAACAUGAGAUUCGAGGACAAAUACUUCAUAUUUGUAUUUGCUCUGACUUGAGGCUCAGCAAUAAUAGCAGUGUGGAAAUUCCAAUAUGCCCAAGAGAGAUAUCCACAUUCUGAAGUUUAUAAAGUAAGGAUAAAUACAUGAGGCGACAGCAUCAUAAUAAAGCUCUGCAGUGCAGCAGAGAUGCCCUGCCCUGCAGAUCUGCUCUUCAUAUUUAAGAAAACACGCUUGUUUGGUUAAAAUACUGAUGUAGAAAGAAUUUUGGAUAAUCUUGUAGCAUAUUGCAUUCAUUAUGUCUCACAAGAUAAUUAUAUCAUGCAGCCUAUCUCUUACUUUUUAGUGUUAAAACUUGAACUGAAGCAUCAUUUGUGCCUCCCCCACACUUAAUAAAACAGAUUUGUAUUCAGGAGAACUCUGGGACUGAAAAUAAAGGCUGGGAACAUUUUGCGCUGUGCUGACUCUAACAGAGACAGCAUGUUCAAAGAAAACCUGCUGUAAAAUGGUUGCAGCUGAUCUUUAACCUGUCAGUAUUUAAGCAUGGACCACAGUCGUGGCUGUUUUUUCUGAUAGUAAAACCAUAAUGUGAGUGUUUGACAAAGGUUUGCUUGACUUAAAGGUGAAAGGUGAAAGGUGAUACCACCAAAAAAAAUCGAGCUCUCAUUGAGGCUCUCUGGACGCUCUGCGUCAUUCUUAGCUGCUGUUGAAUUUACAUUGGAAAAAGUGUGUGUGUGUAUAGGUUUGUAUGUGUGUGUAGGUGUGUGUGUUGCUGGUUAUGCCAUGUUUGUGAAGGUUAGUAAAUAUACUCUGUCUGACGUCAGCACUAGGCUGUGUGUAAUCACUGCUGUAACCUCUAGUUGAAGCCCCUCUCAGUCCGACCAGUCCUCACACAACCUUUCACUGGUCUGCUGAGAUCAGGUGACGUCUGCAGGUGUUAUCUGCAGGUUUGACCCGUUGCAUUCCAAAACCGUCGCUGUAUGUUUACAUGCUCUUGUUCAAAUAGGAUGCCUUAGUCUAAGAAAUGAAGCUGCUUUCCGCAGAACCAGAGCUUUGUAAACCGAUAGUAGCGUAAUGGAAGGUGUAGUGGGUGCUUUAAAGCUUUAGAGGAUGCAGAGAACAGGUACAGCUGGGUGUUGCAUAGUUUCAUAGUCACGCCCCAGGAGUAUCAAAAAUGAGAGCUAAUAAAAGUGUCAAAUGUAACCUGAUGGUCUGGUUUGAUCUGGUAGCUGUCUAUGCAAAUAAUUUCACAUUUAGGCCACAAGCAGGAACAGACUGCUGAAGAGAGAGGAUAAUAAGGUGAACCAGCUAAAAGUGAACGAGGUGCAUCAGAAAGUCUAAAGGUUAAUGUGUUGUUCAAUUUUGUAUUUUAGUAAUUAAUUUUGGGAAGCUUUAAUCCACAAUAAAAUACAAUAAGUAAUUUUCCUUUCCAAACAUUUUCACGACAGCAGAUAUUACUUAGUUGAGAGAGACAUAUCCCCAGCAGUCAAGAGUUCAGCAGGGUCAGAUAUGAAUGAUGUUUGAAUGUGAGAUUAUUCUAAUAAGCCUUUUAGAUGUUGGCACUGUCUUAGACUCACUGUAUUGAAGCUGCUUACUAACACAACUUGUAACAUUUGAGGAUUUUGUGAUGUAAAAACCAAAAACACUUAAAGAGCUAAAAGGAAAGUAUCAUACAAAGUAAGGAUAGUACCGUGCUCAUGCAGCGGAGGACAUGAUGUUUUUCAACUCCAUAUUUUUAGAGGGAAAGUCAGAUAGAGGAAAACCUUCAUGCUGCAGCAUAACAUAGAUUUACAGUUAAUAAUACCUCAAAUCCAUGAAUCCAGAAAUGGUGAUCUUAACAGUAUGCAGACACGUGACUGAGUAUUUUCUGUCAGGUUCUCAUAGUGUUGCUCUUCUUGUAUUGUAUAUUUUAUGAAACUUCUUUCCAUAUAUACAUACUUUACUGUACUUCUGAAUGUACAUAGGCAGUUGUAAAUAGCUUUUAGCUGUGUGUGUUUGAAUGUGAGUGAUAAUCCUCCACAGCAGCAGACCAGAGUGUGUUCAUUAUUUUACUUCAGACGUUCCGAUCAUGAAUAUUUUCUCCUCCAGGAACUAGAGAUACUUGCACAUGACUGUGAAGUCAGCUGAUGCCUUAGAUGUCCCUCUGCUGCGACUGUAGUGAAUCUGUUAUUUAAUCAUGUUGACUGUACAAGCUGCGUGUGGUGUUUGGCACUGGGUUUGACUUGAGCUCAAUGUGACGGCUGCUGAGCCAAUAAUACUCCAUUAUUACUCUGACAUGUUGUGUGAACUUUCUUUGUUUUAUUUUUAUUUUACAGACUGUUGUCUGUGUUUUUCCUGUUGUUAAGUUUCUUAUUGUUGAGUGGAGGUAUGAAGUAUUCAAAAGCCUCUGUUAUCAUGGACGUUGGUCUAUAGAAUGAACCCAAGUCCUCAGUGCUGCUUCAGGGGGCCUGUUGGACCUUGUUGCUUUCUACUUAGAAAUGAAAUGAGCCUCACAGUGCUUCUGCUUUUUAAAGUUAUAAUCCUUCAGAUUGACGUAUACUUAAACACAUUUUUGUCUCAAUGUACUGCUGACAUUUAUUCCGCUGUCUACUAGUAGUUGGUGUUGCCAGAUGAGCAGUAAAGAAGUGCUCAAGGAGUUUUCAGGAUAUGACACAUGCUUGAAAUGAGGGAAAUUUUAAUUUAAGAGGAUGGGUUUGUGCACAUUUCCUGUGACUAGAUCAUAUGUAAGAAUGUCACAGUGAAGGUAUAUCACCCACCAAUGACAAUGUUGGCUCAAAACAUGAUGUGUGCACCAAAAACCUAGUGUUAUAUGUUUUUUAUUAAUUUAGUAUACUAUAUUUUAGCUGUCUAUAAAAAAGGGUUAUCGUUAUAUAAAAAGCAUGCAUGCCAGAUACUUUCCUCGCUUCAUUUGGUGACAGACCCAAAGGCAGAGUCCUCUAAGUAUUUCUCCAUGUCACAGGACUUUAUCACGUAGUUUGGUGACACUAAAUUUGGUGUUCAAUGUCUCACAUUGAAAUGCAAAACAAGACUGGCUAAGCCUCAGUAAAAAUAUCAGUGUAAAAGUUGUGGCUGUUGCUUGUGCUUGGAUUGACAGGAGUGCAAUACAGCAGAGUUAUAAUUAUCAUAGCAGAAAUAUUCAGCAUCUACAUAUGUCAGUUACCAGAGUCAGAAUGAAGAUAAGGAUUAUAACUUUAUACGUAGAAAAACAGUAGACCAUGCUGUGGUCAAGUGCUGCACAAGAAGGGGAUUCACAGUAGCAGUGAUGACAUUUUUAAAUAGUUUUCUUAUGAUGUCAAUCAUUUGAGUUUGAAUAUUCCAAAAAGGAGUCUUGGAUAUCUCUGAUUUUCCUCUGAGGGGAUCAGUUUCUAAGUGUUGCUCUCACAGGCCGGAUCUCAUCCUCAGGUUUCCUUUUUUCCUGACUGGUUGUGUCAAAGAGUUUCUUUAAAAGUGAUGUGAAUGACUCUUUGAUUUCACACAAUGUGUUAAAGCCUUUUCUUUGCUGCUACAAUAUCAUUCCUCUCUCCAGGGGCACAAAACGUUGAAUUACAGAGCCUGCAUAUCUUUUAGACUUGACCAGACUCGCACUGAUGAGGACAAUAAAACUUAACUGCAACCAAUCAGGGUUGAUUAUCCGAUCUGUUCCUGUUGGCAUUGGUGAAACAGAAAUCCAGGCCUGUGAGGAUGAAUAAUCUGUACUACUUGAAGUUUGUAAUCAGCACCCUGUACAGUCUCACAGAGACAGAGGGGCUUUUGAAUGCUGUUCCCAGUAUUUCCAUCAAAAUCACAAGGUUUUUAUGGAUCAUGUAAUGUUUCCUGAUGUUUUUUUUUCUGCUCUCGGAAUUCUCAUCCUCGAUCUUGCAUGCAUAUUUUCAAUGAUUUCAGAAACAUGUUGUUAAUCCCAUGUAAUUCUCAUGUUUUAAGUUCUUGUCAACAUGUCCUUAUAUGUGUUGAUUUGUGUCCUGAACAUGUAUUUUACUCUGAAUAUUUAAAUGGAAUACCAAUUUAAAAAUGGUCACUACCAUGAUAAUUUGGUGAACUUGGAAUUGGAUGCUUUUCUAAUGUUUGGUCAGAUUUUAUACAUUUAUUUCUGCAUGAUCUUACAUUUAAUUCUACAGAAAAAGAUGAUUUGUUUGGGGAGAAUAUCCUAAAAUUGAGAGGUUAAGGGAUGGGGUAGGUGGGUCGGUAAAUUUAAAUUGCUAAAUUCCCAAUAAUGACAGAAAAACACUGCAGAUAAAGUCCUACAGUUCCAAGCUCAUGACUGUCAAACUUUUCUUUGUUUUUUCUUUGUCACAUGAUUGUUAUUCUGUAUGUAACGACUCCAUAAACUCCAUGAUCUGUCCUGUCUGCCUGAGGGAAACAGGUGUGACCUGCUCUUCCUUCAAUAUUCUGAGCAAAUAGUUGAAGUGCAGACAAGACAGCAACAUUGGUGUUACGCAUUUUUUAGCCUCUGUGUCCCUUGUAUAAAUUUAAAUAAAGCAAUGUUACCUCA